CAAACUUCAAGAUGGGAUGUGGACUUUUCAUUUUGGAUCCUGAAUUUGAUUAAGAUUAAAGCAAUGAGGAUCAAAUUCAGCAAUAGUUGGUUCAUUUUAGUCCAGACGGUAGCGUGAUAUCACACGACAAGAUGCGAAUCAUGACCCCUCUGAUGGACCCCAACACCACCGGCAACAUGACCCAUACGGUGUGCAGUGAGGCCCUCGACCCAGCCUUCACAACGGCCGGCCUCGUCUUCAUGUGUCUGCUUAUUGUUGCCUCGUUGCUAGGCAACACGCUAGUCUGCACUCUGGUGGCUCGCUCGCAACGGCUUCAAACAAACUCGAACUUCUUUGUGUGUAGCUUGGCGAUCUCGGACAUCCUAGUCUCCGUUACCGUCAUCCCUUUCGACAUCGUGUACUGGAUCUAUUUCCCGCGAUGGCCUUUAGGGGGAUACCUGUGUAAUCUGUGGAACGCCUUGUUCUUUGUUUUCCUGUCUGCUUCUGUGCUGAACCUCCUGGCAGUGAGCGCUGACCGGUUUAUCGCAGUCGUAUUCGCCUUGCGUUACGAGAGCUUUGUUUUUCCGAGGGUAGUCAAGUAUUCGUUGGUAGCAAUAUGGGGAUAUUCUGUUGGCAUCGGAAUCCUAAUAUUCUUCAUACUUGUGCCACCGAGGGACGAAGUCUACUCGUUUGAAAUGAACCCUCUUCUUCAUGGAUACCUUCUUGUCGGUAACGUCCUCGCGCCAUUCAUUCUCAUGACAACUUUUUACUUCAAGAUUUACCUCAUUGCCCGAGGCCACGCAAAGCGUGUCGGGAUGAAAGGCAAGUCUGUGUGCGAUCUGAUUGGUCGAGAGUUGCGUGUUGCCAAGGCGCUAGGCAUUGUGAUCGCUACAUUUGUCCUAUGCUGGCUGCCGUUUGAAGUCAUAAAUGUGAUGAUUCUAUUGGACGAGGGAGUCGAGACAUGCGCAGUGGAAGUUGCAGAUACGGUGUUCUGUUGGUUGGCCUAUCUACAAACCGCUUUAAAUCCAGUCGUCUUUGCCUUAACUAACAGCGAAUUCAGGCGAGCAUUCUGUAGAAUGUUUUCCCCGCAAUUUCACGGUAACUCCAGUUCGUCGCUUAACUCUACGAACAAACAAACAGAACAGAGAGAGAACAGCGCACGUCAGGGGGCCACUAAUGAGAAACCUGAUAUAGUCAUAGCCCGUCUAUAAAAACACAGAUAUGCCCGUCUAUAAAAGCAUAGGAGUUUUCCGUAGUUUAUUCAACAAACACUAUCAGAGGAAAGACGGAAAUGGUUUUAGAGAGCCCAACAAAAUAUUUUUGUCCCCUUGGUCAUCUUCCUGAUAUUGGUAGGGAGAGGGAGUAAUAUACAUACCUACACUAUGGCUAACACUUGAUGUGUAUCAAAAUAGCUCGAAAAGCGCUACUCUGUAAAAGAAAUCAUUACCUAUCACCAUCGGCAGUUAAAGGGGCUACUCCUUCAAGUGCCAAUAACCUUCGUGAGUCUUGUCUUCAGCUCGGGGGUCAAACCCUAGACUACGCAUGUUACGACUAUAUGGAAACCAGGCCUACGACACAAGCCCAAGCACAACACAAGUGAGUAUCGGUAAAACACAAGCACAAGCGAGAGAAAUCAAGCAGUUUCGUUCUCUUGUGAUUGCUUUUGCUUGCGUUCCAGUGAAGAUCGAAAAAUAGCGCGCUUUGCGCUUGGGAUUGCGUCCAAGUGAGAAUCAACCUUACAAUAACUGACUUCCUGCCGCACUUUUUUAUCUAGAAAUAAUACAAAAUCUGAAAUUAUCUCUUCUUUAAAAUAAGCUCCUCGCCUGGAGAAUAAAAGAUUGGUAAUUCAGAUGACCAACGAGUUGGCAAUGAUACUGACAAUUGUAUAAUAAAAAUACUGUACUAUGUCUGAAGCUGUGAAUUUAGUUCUCUUAAAACACUUCUCUCUAGAGAGAAGUCAUAAAGAUAUUGGUCCAAGUUAAGAGAAGGUUGAGUUUCAUAUCUCUGGGUAUCACUUCUGCUACUUUGAAUUGUUUCCAAGAUCUUGCAGCACUUGAAAGGUACAUCUGUAACAGUAAGAAAUGUCCUCUCUGAGAUAUCUGUUGCCUGUUGAACUUUAUUUUGUCCACCUUGUUGCAAACUAUCACAUUGCAAAUAACCUACAAAUGAAAAUUCUUAAAUUUAAAAUUGUUAGUUACAACAGUCCCUGGUUACAAGGUGGUUAUAAUUUUUGGAAAAAUACUAACAAUGGGAGAUUAAUGAUUAUUAUUAAUAUUCAUAUUAAAAUCUCACCUCCAUAACAGCUAUUAGAUGUAGAUGAGUUCUGCUGCAUCUGAUCAAAUGCCACUUUCCCAUAUGAAUUACUUAUCUAAAAGGUAAAUAAAGAGUUUUUGUCAAGA